AAGUACCGCUACUUUGCUUGCCUCCUGCGAGAGCGCUUUGACAAGAACAAGGAUGUGAAGGAUAUGGUGAAAGCUACGGAGCUGCUGAAGGCAGGCGAGGAGGAGUUCUGGGCAAACCAGCAUCCUCAGCCGUACAUCUUCCCUGACUCCCCUGGGGGCACUUCCUAUGAGAGAUACGAGUGCUACAAGAUUCCUGAAUGGUGCUUGGAUUACUGGCAUCCUUCUGAGAAGGCAGUGUACCCUGAUUACUUUGCCAAACGAGAGCAAUGGAAGAAGCUAAAGCAGGAAAGCUGGGAUAAAGAGAUUAAGCAGUUGGAAGAAGAAACUCCAGCUGAUGGUCCGAUAACUGAAGCUUUGCCUCCAGCUCGUAAGGAAGGGCAUCUGCCGCCGCUGUGGUGGCAGUAUGUUACAAGACCUCGUGAGAUUCCCAUGUAG